AUGCCUCAGCCGCCUUUCUUCAAAGAUUCAGGCCCGCAGCGAGCAGCACCCCUGCUCCCCCUCAAGAACAAGCUUGGGUGGUUCAUCGUUCAUUCUCGGCUUAUAUCUCAUUCAAUUGUCAAGAAACAAUGCUUUCAGCUCACUCGCCUCGACCUCAAACCUCUCAUCAACUUUUUAUUUGAUUUAUGGACCUCUGGGGAUUGCCCUCAAGGUCCAAGAGCUCUGUACCACCCGUUUGCCAACCUCACUGCUCAAACUUCAUAUUUGGACGUCCGGGAAACACUGUACCCAAUUUCGAGGGUUUGGCCCCAUGCAGCGAGCAAAAUCUACAGUCUCAAUCAGGGAUGUUUGUGGUUGGGCAAUGAUGUUGGUUGGCUGGUCGUUUAUUAUUUGCAUCCCUCCCGAUCGCAUCCCCACUCCGCGCCGUCAUCAUGCGUCCCUCUCCUCUCCUCUCUUCCUCCCUCGCUCGUGUCCCCUCCUACCUUGCGUGCCCCAUCCCUACCUCUCAGUCCGUCCGCCAUCGUCGUCCGCUCCUGCCAUCUCCCCUCCAUCCUCAAGAUCGCCGCGACAAUGGGGCCAUCUGUCCCCAUCGACAACCUCGACGCCCAGCGCACUCGCGAUCGUGAGUCCUACCAUGAUGUGAUCCCGCCGUAA